GGUGUCGUGGAGGGUCACUCACACGGGGAUCGCGGAAUGCGGUCGUGGGAGGGUCUUCCCUCUCUAACUUGUCUCCAGGAGAGAGGAUCUGGCCUGCCGGUCCUCAUAGGUAGUCCGCUCGCAUUAGGACCAGCCCUGGCCUGAGAAACAGACUAAGAGCUGGAGACCUUCUAAAUGAGCUGCCUUUGAGAAAUAGGAUGCAGGGCUAAAUUAACAAUGCUACUGGAAAAAAACGAUCCGAUUUUCUGCCGUCUCUUGGCAAAAAUGGCAAAUAAUGAUGCUGUUCUGAAGAGACUAGAGCAGAAGGGUGCAGAGGCAGAUCAAAUCAUUGAAUAUCUUAAGCAGCAGGUUGCUCUACUUAAGGAAAAAGCAAUUUUGCAGGCAACUUUGAGGGAAGAGAAGAAACUUCGAGUUGAAAAUGCGAAACUAAAGAAAGAAAUUGAAGAACUGAAACAAGAGCUAAUUCAAGCAGAAAUUCAAAAUGGAGUGAAGCAAAUACCAUUUCCAUCUGGUACUCCCCUGGAAGCUAAUUCUGUGGUUUCUGAAAAUGUGAUACAGUCUACACCAGUAGCAACCAUAUCUUCUGGUACCAAAGAACAGAUAAGAGGAGGAACAGGAGAUGAAAAGAAAGCAAAAGAGAAAAUUGAAAAGAAAGAGAAGAAGGAGAAAAAACAGCAAUCAGUAGCUGGAAGUGCCGACUCUAAUCCAAUAGAUGUUUCCCGUCUGGAUCUUCGAAUUGGUUGCAUCAUAACUGCCAAAAAACACCCUGAUGCAGAUUCUUUGUAUGUAGAAGAAGUAGAUGUUGGAGAAGUAGCCCCAAGAACAGUUGUCAGUGGCCUGGUGAAUCAUGUUCCUCUUGAACAGAUGCAAAAUCGGAUGGUGGUUUUACUUUGUAAUCUGAAACCUGCAAAGAUGAGGGGAGUAUUGUCUCAAGCAAUGGUCAUGUGUGCUAGUUCACCAGAGAAAGUUGAAAUCUUGGCACCUCCAAAUGGGUCUGUUCCUGGAGACAGAAUUACUUUUGCAGCUUUCCCAGGAAUUCCUGACAAGGAGCUGAACCCUAAGAAGAAGAUUUGGGAGCAGAUCCAGCCUGAUCUUCACACUAAUGAUGAGUGUGUGGCUACAUACAAAGGAAUUCCCUUUGAGGUGAAAGGGAAGGGAGUGUGUAGGGCUCAAACCAUGAGCAACAGUGGUAUCAAAUAAAAUGCCUCCACUACCAAAAGACAUUGGAGAAAACCUUAAUAGUAAUAAAGAGAAAUAUAUUUGUCACCUGUACCU